CGGCAGAGAAGAAGAAAAACUCCUCCUACAGGGUGUUGUCUCUAAAUAGAGGCAAGAACCUUGUUGCUCAUAAAAGCUUGAGCUCCUAGUGUGCUAGCAGCAAGACAGCUGUGACCUUUAGGUUUUGUAUUUAAUUGUAAACCUUUGUUUGGCAUUCUUUCUGCUGAGAAGCAGCAAGACUUCUGGAAUGGCGCAGCAGUUUGUGAACAGCAAGCUCAGGGCAAAUAAAGUGGUUGUGUUUGGCAAAACCAGCUGCCCUUACUGUCACAAGGCUAUGGAUCUCCUGAAAAAAUGUAACCUCACAUCUGAACAUUUAGAAUACUGUGAUAUUGCAACCCAAAGUGAUAUGGAUGAUAUUCAGGACUACUUGCUGAAGAUAACGGGGGCAAGAACGGUCCCCCGAAUCUUUUUUGGGCAAAAGUGUAUCGGAGGCUAUUCCGAUCUUCAUGCUCUAGAGGAGAAGGGAGAACUUAUUCCUAUAUUAAAGCAAAUUGGUGCCUUAUGAAGAGCGGAGUUGACUUUAGACUGGGACUACCUCAUGCUGCCUGCAAUAGAUGCCUCUGGAUAUGCAAUCACAGUGGCCUGCCUGAGUGACUCAUGUGCCCCUUGGAAUAGAGGGGUAUGGUGGAGGUUUCUGGCUACUGCUUGUCUUACUAAAAAAUACUGCUGUAGCUUUUUGGGGCAUCUAUGUCUGUAUCCCUUGCAGUAAACAAAAAAGUGGGGGGGGGGGGACCGAACAGAUCC